UCUUUUUCGAUACUGCACUGUAUCGUUCGAUUAUCAGGAGCUUGUCUCAAGUAGGUAAUGCUGAUAAGGAUAAUCUAUAUAACGGUGUAAAUCGUUCAACGGCCAUCGUUACCGAGUAAUAGCUAUGCAUGGUCACUCCUUUUGUGUGGAUUUAAUACUUCUGUCUGGUCGAAGAUGGGCUGAGAGGGCGCAGCCGUACUUAAACGGCACAGUUUUCGAGUGCAGAGUGUUAAAGUUUAUCUGAAGUGCCAUUUGAGGCUAAGUGUACUGUUGGCAAGAUGUGGUACGGGCCUAAUGUGAAAAGGUCUUAUAAGUCGAUGAUGUAUUCCAAGAUGCCGUCGCUUCGCAUGGAGCAGAGUGAGCUGAAGUGCAAGAAUGGCUGCGACUACUUCGGCAAUCCGCAGUGGCAGGGCUACUGCUCCAAGUGCCACCGCGAGCAGCUUCAGAGGCAGAGACGAGCUGCCAACAAGCCGUCCCCAUCCUCCUCAUCUGCCUCGGCCACGCUGCCGAAGCCUGAGAGGAAGUCCGAGGACCGGCUGAAGCUCACGUCCAGGUCUUCCUUCUCGAAGUUCGAGGAGAAGCGGCUCCGGCAGUCGGAGACCCUCAAGAAGGCUAACCUGCUCAAGUUCAGCAUGUUCAAGAAAGGUGGCAGCACUGACGACCACGACCACUCAGACAAGAAGCCCGAGUUCAAGAUCCCGUCGGCCGUCAACGAGGCGAUGAAGCGUGAGUUCAACCAGCGGUUCCCGGCGCUGGCGGGCGCGUCGCGUGACGUCAGAGUGUGCGUGCACGCGCUCGCGCUCGACGUGUUGAAGUGCGCACGCGCAGCCACGGCGGAUGAGUUGAGCGAGCGCGUGCAGGGGCAUUAUCAGCGUUUCCUGAAGCACAUGGACGUGUCGCCCCACUUCGCGGCGGCGGACGCGGACACCAAGGAGGCGCUCAUUGACUUCGUCGAGAAACACGCCAUGACGUAUUUGCACGACUUACCUUCAGUAGUGUUCUCUCCCUCUGGCACGGACGACGAACGGCUGGACGCGCGCAUGUGCGAGCGCAUCCAGUCGCUGGGCUGGGUGGGCGCCAAGCACCUCGACUGCAAGAUCAGCAAUGAUCAGAGGGCGCGGGCGCCGCUGUAUAGGGCUAUUGCUGAGCUGCUAAGCAUGGACAGCGCGUCGUCGCCGGGCGGCAAGCUGGCGUGCGUGCGGCGCUGCUGCGCGCACGUCAUGCGGCUGUGCGGCGCGCCCGCCUCCGCCGACGACCUGCUACCAGCUCUUAUAUUCACCGUUCUGAAGGCCAACCCGCCGCGCCUCAUCAGCAACAUCAACUUCGUGACUCGCUUCUGCAACGCGCAGCGACUCAUGACGGGCGAGGGCGGGUACUACUUCACCAACCUGUGUUGCGCAGUCUCGUUCAUAGAGAACCUCACAGCCGAGUCUCUGGACAUGGACAAGGAGGAGUUCGACUGCUACAUGACCAUGCCCGCCUCCAUCGGGGGCAGCUCGUGGGCGGCAGCACUGUCGCUAUGCGCGGAGCUCAAGGACGCGGAGGAGCAGGGCGAGCUGGUGCAGAGCCUCAAGCAGCAGGUGGCCACCAUCGAGGCCAGAGCUACGGAGCUGGCUAACUCUACCGAUGUGUUCCAGAAAGAGAUAGAGAAGAAAGUGGCAGACGUCCUCGCCAAGACUCCGCUCGAGAUCAAACCGCGCCGCGAGCUACCGCGCUUCGGCAAGUUCCAGAACAUCAAGUCAUCGCCACUCAUCGACCUCGACACCCCGCCCACGCAAGAACCCCCAGAGCGAGACCUCCCAGACACAGUGGAGACAAAAGACGAUAGUGCUGCUGACCAAUCACAACACACCAUCGUACCCACAGAGAUAACGUUCGGAGAACCCGCCAAGACAAACAUACUAGGCCUGGAAACCCCUGAGCUGCAAUCUCCACACAACACUGAGGACAACUGGGUAGUCAAACAAACUAAUUCCAUGGAGCUACUCAACUCAUCUCCCCUCGGCUUCACUUCUUUCGACACACGCUCCAUAGACGAGCUGCUAACCCCAGAUGAGUUCGGAGAUAAUUUGCCACCCGGCCUCAGCAACAUCAACUAUGACAUAGACUUGUCAGACUUCAGCGCAGACAACAGCGCGGCCGAUGAUCUCCCCAAACCUGAAAAGGACCCUUUCAGCCCGGAAGGCAUAAACAAAGAUGUCUUCGAUCCGUUCGUAGUUCCCAAAGUUAGAGAUCCCUUUAGCCCUAUUCUAGAGUCGUUCGACCAGUUCAGUUUGGUGGAUGCGAAGAGCAAUCGCCAGUCGGAUCCUUUCGAGAUUGUUCCCAGACCUAGUGACCCGUUUAGUCCAGAAGGUCUGCAACCAGAGCAGGGUUUUGGAGACGCGUUCUCUCCGAUGCCGGUGGCGAGUGCGUCGACGCCGGCGCAGAGACCUCUGGCGUCAAUUCUGGAUGACAGCGACUCCCCAACCACUGCCUGUCUGCUGCCGACCCCCCUGCUUCCACAACAAGACAAGCCAACGUAAAUUGAUUUAGGCUUAGCUAAGUGGUCUUUAGUUGUUGCUAGCUUCAUUUUUAUAAGUUGAAGAUUUUUGUAGCAAUCUGUCGUUAAGGUUUGAACUGUGCCUAGCUUUAAUUUUAAUAAAUUAUUUAUAGUAGAUGUUGUAUUGUAUGUAUUUAGAAAGUUUAGUCAUGUUGUCUAUUUUAAAUGUUAUUAUUAUUAAUUAUUAAGAAAAACGUUUAUAAUACCAG